AUGAAAGAUCCUAUUGGUGUUAAUGCUAGUGCUGAUACUUAUGCUUAUGCUGAUGCUGAUGCUGAUGCACCGCCAAGUUAUACCAAUGACUCGCCUUCUUAUAGUGCAGUCCAAGUAUCUGAAAAGAAAAAAUCAUACCGCGAACCAGUUUAUUUCCAAUCUGCAUCACCUCAAGGAUGGACAGUUAUAAUCACAAAUAAAUUCUGGACAGAUGGGUUCCAGAUCUUCAUCAGUCGUGACUCAUACGAAAAAUACAAUGUUUUCAGAAAAUCUCAGAACCAAGAUAUACCUGCAAUACAACAGCAGGGUGUUGGUAUCCCACUUUUCAAAGUGAUAAACACAUUCUUUUCCAUAGGCACAACAUUUUUAACCUUUAGAAAGUAUUGUCCUCCACCUUUGGACUCGCAAGGUGUGCCGCAGAGAUUUGAUCCCAAAAGAGAUUACCACGAAUUUUGUAUUGUUAAAAAGAGAUUCCAUGUAGGUUACGAUAGCUAUAUAUUUGAGUUUCAUCCAGAUCCAUAUGAUCUGAAAAAAAGAAGCUUUACAUUUACAAUGUUUAGUCAUUCGGUGUUGCCCAUACACGAUUACAUCUAUAAAGAUGAGAGACAUCGCUGGAUAGAUGAAAGUCGAAUGGAGGAAAUAGUCAGCUUGUGGCAGGUAAAGUAUGGAUUUAAGCAUACGGUGUUGCGACCGGACCAACCUUCAAUGUGUGACAAUUGGGAUGGUCAAAAUGAUAAACUAAUCAAAUCAACUCCCAAUCCAUUAUUGAAUGGGUUAUGGAAAAAGAAAUUAAGUGUUCGUGCACACUAUCCCGAACUGAGUCAAUACGGACAGCAUUGCUCUGCGAUAUUAGGUGAAGCAGCUAAUUGGUUUCAGUUGGGGUAUGCAGAGGUCAAAGUGGAUGAUAUAUAUAAUAACUUGAAUGGAAAUAACGUCAAUUAUGAAAGUAUACUAUCCGUCAAUGAAGAUGCAUUGGUUAUGAUAUGUGUGGCCACGGUGUUGAAAAGACAAAAAGAUAUUGUUGAAGAUAGGAAAAAGAGGAGCUAG